GCCCUUUUCAGGGGAGUUAACUGUUCUAAGAACGAUAACUGUUGUCUAGCAGUGACAUCAACGUUUCGAUCUUUGAGCUCCACAAGGGUGCACAAGAUCGUAUAAAUGUCGAAAACAUAGAAUCAUAACAGAGGGAGUGUUCAUUGAAGUCUAGUAACACGUGACAGCAAUGGGCUUUAUUCGCUCUACUUGCCAUUAAAUAUAUUUUUUGUGUGUUCCAAACUCGGCCGUAUAAAAACAGGUCAUAAACAAGUGAAGGCGAGACUCCAAGACAGGUGUGCCGGAUGUUUUACAGUGGCUCAACAUCUGUCUACCUGUAGGUAACUACUGGACGCUGCUUACCUGACCCUGACUGUACGUUAAUUCCCAUUGUCCAGAACUUUAGAUUUCAGAGCUCACAGCGUCAAAGACUUCCUCGACUGAAAUUGAAAGUGAAAUAUUUUUUCAAAGUUACAUUUCGCGGCAUCAAAAUCUGGUUGACUCCAAUAGGCCUGCAACAUUAUUAACAAGUUUACUAAUUACCGAACACGUCCCUAACCUUCCCACAUAAUGCGUGCUUUAACGGCCACUCUGCUGUCAUGUGCUGUCCUGAAUGCUGUCAUCUUUGCUGUCAUGAGCCAUAUCGUGACAGAAACCAGAGCUUCAUAUGACUACAUUGUUGUGGGGGCGGGCUCGGCUGGGUCAGUGGUGGCCAGCCGUCUCUCAGAGGAUCGUGACGUCACGGUGCUAUUAAUAGAACAAGGGGCAGACUAUCGUAACUACACUGACAUCAACGUCCCUGGUCUGACCCAUAAAGUGUGGACACUGCCGAACAUCCUGAAGACCUAUAGCUCAGAACCAAGGGGAGAGAAAUACAAAAGUUUAAAGAAUGGCACGCUCAAGUUCAAGGCCGCGACGGCCCUAGGGGGCACCAGCCUCAUCUACGGCCUGGGUUACUUCCGGGGGGACCGGCAGGACUAUGAAAGAUGGUACCGACACACUGGUGACGUAGGCUGGCGGUACAGUCACGUGAUGCCCUACUUCCGGAAGAUCGAGCAGGUGAUGAACCCCGAAUUAGUGGGUUCCGUGUAUCGCGGCACUACCGGACAGAUACCGGUAACCCGGACAAAUUCUUUGUACCCCCUGACGGACAAACUGAUUCAGGCGGCUAUUGAAUCAGGGUAUCAGUUCAACGAGGACUUCAAUGGGGAGAAACUCGAAGGCGUGUCUAGAACUCAAUGUAAUAUUAAAGAAGGGGAGAGAUGGGGCUCGGCUAGGGUUUAUCUGUACCCUGCCUUAACUCGGCCUAACUUAGACGUGUUGCUGAACGCACGGGCUGAGAAGAUUCUCUUCCACGCAGGUCAAGUUGUUGGCGUCCACGUUGUCAGUGGUAGAACUCUUCAGGUUAACGUCACAAAGGAGGUGGUUGUGUCUGCGGGGGUGUUUGGCUCGCCUAAGCUUCUUCUGCUGUCUGGGGUGGGGCCGAGGAAGCACUUGGAGGAGAUGAAAAUACCUGUGGUGUCUGAUUUACCUGUGGGGGAGAAUCUGCAGGAUCAUGUUUUGUUUGAUCUGGCGGUGGCUGUCAAUGAGACGUUGGUGCCACCAAAAGUGUUGAGCCUGCCGUGGGUGGGGGAGAUGUACAGGGUUCUAAAGCAAGGACCCCUGGCUGUAUCGGACGCGGGGGUACAUCUUCACGUCAGUACGGGGGGUGAGGACUGGCCGGAUGUGAAGGUCGCCUUUCGUUUUUCUGUGGCUACUACGGCAGCAAUGCUGAAUGACUACGACCCGCAGACCGUGACUGACCUCGCCAGACGUGACAACGUCACCAACGGCUUCACCAUGUUGCUCAUGGCAACCAGACCUUCCAGUUCCAGCCUGCUCCGGCUCCGGAGCGACCAGCCGGACGAUGACGUCAUCGUCCACCUCAACUACCACGACAAACCGGAAGAUGCGCAGACGCUGGUGCGCGCUGUCCGGGUGUGCCAGAAACUCCUCCACACCCCCGCCAUGGCGGAGAUUGGCGCCACGCUGGUGGAUACCACGCGAUUGACGGUGUGUAAAGAACACGAGUACGACUCGGAUAACUACUGGGCAUGCGCGGUCAAAGCGAGGCCGUUGAGCUACUACCACCAGGUGGGCACGUGCAAGAUGGGGCCCGGGGGUGACCCCACCAGCGUGGUGGACAGCCAGCUGAGGGUGAGGGGUGUCCGGGGCGUGAGGGUGGCCGACGCCUCUGUGAUGCCCUUCAUCACCACAGCUAACACGUACGCCGCCACCGUCAUGAUUGGGGAGAAGGUGGUCGACUUGAUCAAAGGGAAGUCACUGCCGCCGUUUACAGAAGGCAACAACGGCAUGAGUUGCUUCAGGUUGAAUAUGAGCUUGUGUUUGAUGUGUGCCAUGUGUUUGAUGGUAGGUGUAGUAUUUUAAAUAAAACAAACGUAGAUGUGUACAAAACAAUGUAAAAAAAUAGUAAUCAAGUAUUUUUUUUAUUUUUUUAUUGAAGUUAAAUGAGAACGAUCUUUAUUUUGAUACCCCCCCCCCCUCAACUCAAUGUAUAUUACCGCAAAAUGUAGACCCCCACCCCGAGGAACAUCCCCACAAAACACCUCUCCCCAACCUUUCCCCCACCGCUCUCCCGUGUGUGACGUCAUGGAUGCUUUUUCCCCCGAUGACUUGACCUCUAAGACCGACCAACUCGACAUCAACAUAUUUUUCAACGAAACAUAUUUACGUGAUUUUUUUUUCUGAAUACAAAUUUUUCUCUUUACUAAAA